AUGGGUAUCAACACACGGCUUGAUCAAAUUAUACGUGAUCCAAUCUUCACUAGACGUUUAACAUUGUUGAGGUGGUCACCAACUGAUUUUAUCUAUCCAUUAGAUAAUACAAUACUUGGUCGAUUUUGUUUACAAAUCAUACCUCAAAUUUGUCAUAAAAUAAAAUGGCUCAAUCUUGAAUCAUCAUCCAUUGAACGUGUUCUUCUUGCUACCGAUUAUCCUAAUUUAUAUGGACUCGGCCUUCACAAUGUUGAAGAGAAAACAACUAUGAAUAUAUUUAAAAGUAAGAAAUUUGCCUUCGAUUAUUUGAAUUACCAAAAUGUGAGAAAUAGAUAUAAAUUAUCAAAUUUUAUUCUAUUGAGUUCUUAA